AUGGUUGAACAAUAUGAGAGCGCCUCCUGGAGCAGCGACCCGCUCUCCUUCCUGCAGAGCCUGUGCCACACCGUGGUGGUGCAGGGAGUCUCCGCGGGAGUGCCUCUCUUGCCUUUCUCUUCCCCCAGCGCCUCCUGGAGCAGCGACCCGCUCUCCUUCCUGCAGAGCCUGUGCCACACCGUGGUGGUGCAGGGAGUCUCCGCGGUCCUGGCCUUCCCGCAGAGCCCCGGGGAGAUGCUGGAGCUGGACUUCAUCUCCUCGGCUCUGAGCAUCCCGGUCCUCAGCAUCGUGCGCAGGGAGUUCCCGAGAAACAGCCAGAAUCCUCUGCACCUACAACUGAGUUUAGAAAAUUCAUUAAGCUCUGAUGCAGAUGUCACUUUCUCAAUCCUGAUGAUGAACAACUGGUACAAUUUCAGCUUGAUGCUAUGCCAAGAGUGGAAUGUCACAGAUUUUCUCUUGCUCACCCAAAAGAGUUCCAAGUUCCACCUUGGUUCCAUUAUAAAUAUCACCACAAACCUCACUUCAGCUAGUGACCUUCUGAACUACUUACAGGCUCACCUGGAGAGCAUUAAAGACACAGUCUCAACCAUAGUUAUGUUUGGCUGUGACAUGGAAAAGGCAAGGAGGGUUUUUGAAAUAACCACCCAGUUUGGCGUGAUGCCGCCUGAACUUCACUGGAUUCUUGGGGAUUCGCAAAACGUGGAAGAACUGAGGACAGAGGGCUUACCAUUGGGGCUCAUAGCUCACGGCAAAACCACACAGUCCGUUUUUGAGCAUUAUGUUCAGGACGCGAUGGAGCUAGUGGCAAGAGCUGUGGCAACGGCUACCCUGAUCCAACCGGAGUUGGCGCUUAUUCCAAGUACGACAAAUUGCAUGGACACAGAGGAAGCUAAUAUCACUUCAGGGCAAUAUUUAUCAAAAUUUUUAGCCAACACGACCUUUAAUGGUCUCAGUGGCCACAUUAAAGUGAAAGGCUCUUCCAUCAUCAGCUCCGAAAACAACUUCUUCAUUUGGAAUCUGCAGCAUGACCCUGUUGGAAACCCCAUGUGGACCCGACUGGGGAGCUGGCAAGAAGGCAAAAUCACCAUGGAUCGGGGGAUUUGGCCAGAGCAGGCCCAGAGGCACAAAAACCACAUCCUGCACCCUCCCCGGCUGCACCUGAGAGUAGUAACACUCAUAGAACACCCUUUUGUCUUCACGAGAAACGUGGAUGACGAAGGGCUGUGCCCGGCAGGACAAUUGUGCUUGGAUCCUCUGACCAACGAUUCGGGUGUAUUGGAUAGCCUCUUUGAAACCCUUCAAGGAGGGAAUGACACCGUGCCCAUUGAGUACAAAAAGUGCUGUUACGGCUACUGCAUCGACCUCCUGGAAAAGCUGGCUGAGGAUAUGAGCUUUGAUUUUGACUUGUACAUAGUUGGGGAUGGGAAAUACGGAGCUUGGAAAAAUGGCCACUGGACAGGCCUGGUGGGGGACCUCCUGGCUGGGACAGCCCACAUGGCCGUGACCUCAUUCAGCAUCAAUACAGCCCGUAGCCAAGUGAUUGAUUUCACCAGCCCUUUCUUUUCAACUAGCUUGGGCAUCUUAGUGAGGACCAGAGAUACAGCCGCUCCUAUUGGGGCCUUUAUGUGGCCACUCCACUGGACCAUGUGGCUGGGAAUAUUUGUUGCCCUCCAUAUUACGGCAAUAUUUCUCACACUGUAUGAGUGGAAAAGCCCCUUUGGGAUGACCCCCAAAGGAAGAAACAGGAAUAAAGUUUUCUCUUUCUCCUCCGCCCUGAACGUCUGUUACGCGAUCUUGUUUGGCAGGACAGCUGCCAUCAAACCCCCCAAAUGCUGGACUGGAAGGUUUCUAAUGAAUCUCUGGGCCAUUUUUUGUUUGUUUUGCCUGUCGACGUACACUGCAAACCUGGCUGCUGUCAUGGUAGGCGAGAAAAUCUAUGAGGAGCUUUCUGGAAUACAUGACCCCAAGCUCCACCACCCUUCCCAGGGAUUUCGCUUUGGGACGGUGAGAGAAAGCAGUGCUGAAGACUAUGUCAGACAGAGCUUCCCAGAGAUGCAUGAGUACAUGAGACGGUACAACGUGCCUGCAACUCCAGACGGCGUGGAACACCUGAAGCAUGAUCCAGAGAAACUAGAUGCCUUCAUCAUGGAUAAAGCGCUCUUGGAUUAUGAAGUAUCAAUAGAUGCAGACUGCAAACUCUUGACAGUGGGGAAACCGUUUGCCAUUGAAGGCUAUGGCAUUGGCCUUCCCCCAAACUCUCCACUGACCUCAAAUAUAUCUGAGUUGAUCAGCCAAUACAAGUCUCAUGGCUUCAUGGACGUGCUGCAUGACAAGUGGUACAAGGUAGUACCAUGUGGAAAAAGAAGUUUUGCGGUCACUGAGACCCUGCAAAUGGGCAUUAAGCAUUUCUCCGGACUCUUUGUGAUGUUGUGCGUUGGAUUUGCCUUGUCCAUUCUCACCACCAUCGGGGAACAUAUUGUACACAGAUUAGUCCUGCCGCGCAUCAAAAAGAAAUCCAAGAUGAAAUACUGGCUCCAUACAAGCCAGAGAUUGCAUCGUGCAUUAAACAGUUCGUUCACUGAGGAAAAGCACCAGCUUAAGACAAAACGAGUCGAAAAAAGGUCCAACCCGGGCAACAGCCGGCAUGCAGUGUGGAAUACAGCCCACCCAGGGAACUGCCACCGAAGGAAAUACCUAUGCAGCGAGGAAGGGCAAAACGAAGCAACCCUCACACAACACCAAGACAUACCUCUGCCCCAACUGAGGGGCGACGCGCCCGCCCCCCUGACAACGAAUGGGAAAGCAGACCCUCUGAACAUCGCGAGGACCUCCGUGAUCCAAGAGCUCACGGAAUUAGAGAAGCAGAUUCAAGCCAUCAAGCAGGAGCUGCAGCUCGUCAUGAAGAGAAAGACAGAGCUGGAAGAGUAUCAGAGGACAAACAGGCCUGUAGAGCCCUAAGCCAGCCCCCUGCAAGCCCCCUGUACAAUUUGCAAUGCACUUUUGGAAUGCCAGAAAAGAGGCACAGGGAGAAAACAAGCAAUAGGUGAUUCAGAAAGCCUCCAUCCCACAAAACAGCAAAUGCAAAAGCAGCAGGCAACUUACUCCGGGUUCUUUCCUAAGAACGAAUCUCUCGUUCUUUCCAUGGACAGCUAAAGGGUAGCCUCGGACAAGAGCUGCCAUGAGCAGCCAGACUGCACCGCCCCUGUUUUCUUCACAUGGCACUAACACAACGUUUUUAGCCCUUUCUGUGCAUUAAUUAAAAAAAAAUCU